AUGUCCACAUUAUUAGCCAUUUCGAUUACGGUUCUUAGUUUGCAGUCAUCUGCGAACUUCGUUAUCCAAAGAACGUCUGUGUUAGCCUUUCCAGUAUCUAAACCUGAGUUGAGCAUUCUACAAAAUACCAGUGAAGUACUUUUAGGAACAUCUGUAAAACUGUUGUGCAGAUCACCCAAUGGAACAGAUCCAAUCUUCUAUUCAUUGUUUAAAGGAGAGAAGUUUAUGAAAACUGCCAGUGGCUCUAUUGUAGAUGGUGUUCAAUUCAAUAUUUCUAUCCUUCAAGAAUCAGAUUAUGGUGCAUAUCAGUGCAAAGCAGAAAACAGAGCACCUAAUAUGUCAAAAUAUAGUGAAAAACGCAACAUAACUAUUUUAGUGCCAGUAUCUACACCACAACUGCAAAUACUCCCACGCAUAUCAGAAGUGAUCAUUGGAGAGCAGGUGACACUGCAAUGUAAAGCAGAAAAUGGAUCACUUCCGAUCACUUACACAUUCUUCAGAGGAAAUGAAUAUCUACAUAAUAUUACUGCAUCAGAAAGACAAUCUGUAACAUACCAUUUAACUUUCCACAAACCUGAGAAUUCUGGAAAGUACUACUGCAAAGCUGAAAAUUCAGUUCCCGGUAAAGGACAGAUUAGCAAUGAAGAAACCAUUACAGUAAAAGAUCAUAUUAAAAUGUUAACAAUAUCACUUGGAGUAAGCUUACUAGUCUUAAUAGUAAUAGGAAUAACAAUAUGUUUCAAGUGUAAAUCUCAGACAGCUUCUAGUUUAUGUCAUCGAGUAAGCAGAAAGUUGCAUUCAGAUCGUGUUCCAUUACAAAUACGAGAAGAAGCUACAGAUACGACUGGUGGAGACUAUGAAGUGCUUGGUGAAUCAACUACAUCAGUACUGCAUCAUGAAGAGCCUAGUUCUGCAGAGCUGCAUGAUGACAAAGCUUGGCAGAGUCAGACGCUAGAAGGAGAUGCAAAUGGAAAUGAUGUGAAUUAUGCUAUACUUCAACUUCAAGAAAGAAACUCCAGUAGUGCUUUAGUGAGAGAAGUAGAAACAGAUUAUACAAAUAUCAGACCAACUGUACAAGAUACAUCUGACGUUGAUCAUGAUUAUGUCAACUGUGAUCUGAGUAGUGCCCCGAACAUAAGAACCAAAGCUACUGAAGCAGAAAUGGAUUCCCCGGAUUAUGUCAACUGUUGCCUACAAAAUACUUCAAAUACAGAAGAAACUGAAGAUGGUCAUUCAGUGAUUUACUCUCAAGUAAAUAAAAAGCAGUCUAAGAAGCAAUAGUCUACCACCUCACUGGAUUAAUAAUACUGGACAAGAAGGGUUUUCUGAAGUUUUCCUGCAGAAGUCAUAAUAAAGACAGAGAGCUGUCUAGGACUUGAUGGAUCAGUAUCACUUAUGCAGAUCCAGACACUCUUUGGCAUAAUUGUAAAGCUGAUGUGCUUUUGUUUGGAAAUGGUAGAAUGGUAGCGCAAUAUUGUAACAAAUUAUCUGAGGAGUCAGAGUUUUCAGAAGCAGACUAUAAAAAAGAUGACCUGCUGAAGUAGCAUAAAAUGUCUUUCUCAUUACUGGUGGGUCCACAGCAACUUUACAAUAUAAUAUUAGCCCCUCAUCCAUUGUUAUUUCUGCUGUAGCAUUCAUUCAUUCUCCAUUGCAGACAACCAGAGGCUCAUCCUGAGUGGAGUGCCAGCCUGUCACAGGAUACAGACACACACACACACACUCACACACACACACACACACACACACA